UGUAAGGGGAGGAGAGGAGAGAAUGUCUUGCUCACGAAACAAAACUUAACAUUCAUAGAAACCAAAACCAACCGACGUGGAAGCAGUAUUUGACUCUUUCAGGAGUCAAAUAAAACGCAGUUUGGAACAAAUUGUCUGACAGACAGAAAACAUAACAAGGAAUGGCCUCUGCUAACACUUCCUGGUCUGAGGAGGACUUUUCAUGUUCCAUCUGUCUGGAUGUGUUCAGCAGCCCAGUUACCACACCGUGUGGACACAACUUCUGCAGAACCUGUAUUACAAAGUUCUGGGAUGAACAAGUCAAGUACAAAUGUCCUGUUUGCAACAAGAUUUUCGACACAAAACCUGAUCCACAGGUCAAUACCCUCUUAUCAGAGCUGGCUGUUCAGUUUAGAACAACCGUACGAGUAAAAGAGCAGCCUUGUUUUGAAACGGCAGAAGUUCCCUGUGACGUCUGUACUGGGACCCAGCAGAAGGCUGUGAAGUCCUGCCUAGUGUGUUUCACCUCUUACUGCCAAACCCACCUGGAGCCACAUCAGAGAGUCACUCGCCUGCAGAAACAUCGGCUGGUCGAGCCUAUGGACCGUCUGGAAGACGGGAUGUGUAAGAAACACGACCGACUUCUGGAGCUCUUCUGCCAGACUGAACAGGUGUGUGUGUGUCUGUUGUGCACAGAGACAGACCACAAGUCCCAUCCUGUUGUACCUCUGAAGGAGGAAUAUGAAGUGAAGACGGCCCAGCUGGGGAAGGUAGAGGCUGAAGUUCCACAGAUGAUCCAGGAGAGGAAACAAAAGAUUAAGGAGGUCAAAGACAGAGUAGAACUGAGCAACAAAGUUGCAGACAGAGAGAUAGCCAUUGGUGGGCAGGUCUUCACUGCUCUGAUAGGCUGUGUUGAAAAGUGCCGGCAUGAAUUCAACCAAACGGUUCAAGAGGAACUGAAAUCCACAGAGAAACAAGCUGAAGACCUCAUCAAAGAGCUGGAGCAGGAAAUAGAAGAUCUGACCAAUAGAUGCUCAGAGGUGAAGCAGCUCUCACAUACUAAAGACCACCUCCACUUCCUCCAGACCUUCAGAUCCCUGAAGGAUCCUCCACCCACCAGGGACUGGACCACGGUGGAGGUCCGUCCUCCGUCAUACUUAGGGACCUUGAAGAGAUCCCUGGAUCAGCUGGAGGAGACACUGAACAUGGAGAUGAAGAAGCUGCAUGAUGCUGAACUGAAGAGGGUCCAGCAGUAUGAAGUAGAUGUGUCUCUGGAUCCUGAUACAGCUGCUCCUGGUCUCAUCCUGUCUGAGGAUGGGAAACAAGUACAUGAUGGAGGUGUGAGGAAGGUACUCCCAGACAACCCUAAGAGAUUUACGCAGUCUAUAUUUGUUCUCACGAGGCAGAGCUUCUCCUCAGGGAGAUUUUACUUUGAGGUCCAGGUUAAAGACAAGACUUAUUGGUGGUUAGGAGUGGUCAGAGAGUCCAUCGACAGAAGCGGUGCGACCACGAGGACCCCUGAGACGGGUUACUGGACUCUUCUCUACAACAAGGAUGUAUUGGUAUUUAAUGAUAACCCUCCUGUCCGUCUCCCUCUGAGAGCUGAGCUCCAGAAGGUGGGGGUGUUUGUUGAUUAUGAUGAGGGUGUGGUCUCCUUCUAUGAUGUGGAAGCCAGGGUUUAUAUCUACUCUGCUACUGGCUGCACCUUCAGUGAGCCUCUCUAUCCAUUCCUCUACCCAGGUCCCCGUGAUUAUGGAGGUAACAACUCUGCCCCCCUGAUCAUCUCACCUGUCAAUCAAACAGACUAGGACCUUUGUUUGAUAAUAAACAAAGAAACAACCAAAACAACUAAUGUCGUACUGCUGAUAUUUAACAAGGAGAUGUUCUUUACGAAUAUAAUCACAGUUGUUUAAUCAACUCAUUAUAAAUGCUUCGAUUACCAUCUAUCUUAUUCAUGUUUCCUCCUGUUUUUCUAUACGUUUAAUGCAAUUACAUAGUUACAGUCGCAGUCAUGUAGAAUAUUUUGACAUGACUAAUUUGUAUAAUAAUGAUCCUAUAACCCCUUACUUAAAAUGUCUAUUUGUUUAACUUCAGAACACUUUUCUGAUUUAUUUUAUUAAAAAGAAAAGGCAAACAAAUGUAAUGUGUAGGUCUACAUUAUCUUUUUGAUUGAUCAUUUCACUGGAAUAGGUACAAUCCAGUCCCACAGUAUUUUGCAGAAAUACUUUCUCAGUGGGAGACAAAAAAUAAAUUAGUUUGUUGACAAAAUCUACAUUUUGAUCAUUUUGAGAUUGCUAGAAUGUUUAAAAUCACUGCAAAUUUGUAAACUUCUUUCAUUUUUUAUCCAGUAAUUGAUUUAAUCUCCACCAUACAACAACCCAUCAUAUAUAACACACCUAAACAAAGCUCACAGUGAAUACAUGUAAAGAUUCUCCCAAUGUGUGUGAGUACCGUGACUUUGACUUCUCAGCUCUCCUCUCCUCUCCAUCCUCUUCUCUCUCCUCUCUCUUCUCCUCCUCUCUCUCUUCUCCUCCUCCUCUCUCUCUUCUCCUCCUCUCUCUCUUCUCAUCCUCUCUCUUAUCUCUGCUCUAGUCUGUAGCUCAGAUUGUGUUCAUUAUUGUCGUACAUUACAUUACUUAUGGUCUAAAUAAGUCUCCAAGUGUGUCGUUAGUCGCCUUUCAGAAAUAAAGGCACUCAUAGGAUCAAAGAUACGUGCACAACUGUUAAGGAUCUGUAAUAUUUGGUACUAUUCUUUAGUCAUUCUGUUCAUGAUGUACUUGUAAGUGACUAUUAUUCAGUUAUAUUUGUUGUUAAAGCAUAAUGGUAAUAAACAACUCAGUC